UCCAAAGGAGGCAAGGAUGCAGGAGGGGCCGAUGUGGCCCUGGUGUGCCGCAGACAGAGCAUUCCAGAGGAGUUCCGAGGGAUCACCAUGGUGGAGCUGAUCAAGAAAGAAGGCAGCACACUGGGCCUGACCAUCUCAGGUGGCACUGACAAGGAUGGGAAGCCCAGGGUCUCCAGCCUGAGGCCUGGGGGGCUCGCAGCCAGGAGCGAUCUGCUGAACGUGGGUGACUACAUUCGGUCGGUGAACGGGAUCCACCUGAGCAGGCUCCGCCAUGAUGAGAUUAUCACCCUGCUUAAGAACGUGGGCGAGAGCGUGGUGCUGGAGGUGGAGUAUGAGCUGCCCCCGCCCGCCCCUGAGAACAACCCAAGGAUCAUUUCGAAGACAGUGGACAUCUCCCUUUACAAAGAGGGCAAUAGUUUUGGCUUUGUCCUCAGAGGAGGUGCCCAUGAAGAUGGGCACAAGUCCCGCCCACUCGUUCUGACCUACGUGCGGCCUGGCGGCCCAGCUGACAGGGAGGGCUCCUUGAAGGCUGGUGACAGGCUGCUCAGCGUUGAUGGGAUCCCGCUGCACAGGGCCAGCCACGCCACUGCCCUGGCCACCCUGCGUCAGUGCAGCCACGAGGCGCUCUUCCAGGUGGAGUAUGACGUGGCCACCCCAGACACAGUGGCUAAUGCUUCCGGGCCCUUGAUGGUGGAAAUCACCAAGACGCCGGGGUCCUCACUGGGGAUCUCGCUCACCACCGGCUCCCACCGGAGCAAGCCAGUCAUCACCAUCGACCGCAUCAAGCCAGCCAGCGUGGUGGACAGGAGCGGGGCCCUGCAUGCUGGAGACCACAUCCUGUCCAUUGAUGGCACCAGCACAGAACACUGCUCGCUGCUCGAGGCCACCAAACUCCUGGCCAGCGUGUCGGAGAAAGUGCAGCUGGAGAUCCUGCCUGUGCCCCAAAGUCAGCGGCCUCUGAAGCCCUCAGAGGCAGCCUUAUCCUCGACUCCCUUUUCCUCACCGACCAUGAACCACACCUUCUCCUGCACCAACCCCAGCACCCUCCCCUGUGGAUCCCAACCCAUGAGCCCCCGGACUACGAUGGGGCGGAGGAGGCAGCGAAGAAGGGAACACAAGAGCUCAUUGUCGCUGGUCUCCAGUACAGUGGGGCCGGGUGGGCAGAUCGUGCACACAGAGACCACGGAGAUCAUGCUCUUCGGAGACCCCCUCAGCGGCUUUGGCCUCCAGCUCCAGGGUGGCAUCUUUGCCACCGAGACCCUGUCCUCCCCACCCCUCGUGCGCUUCAUUGAGCCUGACAGCCCAGCUGAGAGGUGUGGGCUGCUGCAGGUGGGGGACCGUGUCCUGUCCAUCAACGGCAUCGCCACCGAGGAUGGGACUAUGGAGGAAGCCAACCAGCUGCUGCGGGACGCUGCGCUAGCCCACAAGGUCGUGCUGGAGGUCGAGUUCGACGUGGCCGAGUCUGUCAUCCCGAGCAGCGGCACCUUCCAUGUGAAGCUGCCCAAGAGGCGCGGUGUGGAGCUGGGCAUCACCAUCAGCUCGGCCAGCAGGAAGCGAGGGGAGCCCCUGAUCAUCUCUGACAUCAAGAGAGGCAGUGUGGCACACAGGACUGGCACCCUCGAGCCUGGUGACAAGCUGCUGGCCAUCGACAACAUCCGCCUGGACAACUGCCCCAUGGAGGACGCUGUGCAAAUUUUGCGGCAGUGUGAGGACCUGGUGAAGCUGAAGAUCCGCAAGGAUGAGGACAACUCGGAUGAGCAGGAGACCACAGGUGCCGUCAGCUACACAGUGGAGUUGAAACGCUACGGGGGUCCCCUCGGCAUCACCAUCUCGGGCACGGAGGAACCUUUUGACCCCAUUGUCAUCUCGGGCCUCACCAAGCGUGGUCUGGCUGAGAGGACUGGUGCCAUCCAUGUGGGGGACCGCAUCCUGGCCAUCAACAGCAUUAGCCUCAAGGGCCGGCCACUGAGCGAGGCCAUUCACCUCCUGCAGGUGGCUGGCGAGACUGUCACACUGAAGAUCAAGAAGCAGCUAGACCGCCCCCUGCUACCCAGCAAGUCGGGCAGCCUCAGUGAGGCCAGCGAUGCAGACGAUGACCCCCCAGAAGCCCUCAAAGGAGGCCUGCUGGCAGCCCGGUUCUCACCCACCGUGCACAGUGUGGACAGUGCUGUGGAGUCCUGGGACAGCUCGGCCAUGGAGGGUGGCUUCGGGGGCCCAGGUUCCUACACUCCACAGGCGGCUGUCCGGGGUGUGACCCCCCAGGAGCGGCGCUCCAGCCGGCUGAGGAGCAGCCCCCCACCCACCGAGCCCCGAAGGACAAGCUAUACCCCGGCCCCUGCUGAUGAGAGUUUCCCCGAGGAAGAGGAGGAGGAGGAGGAGGAGGAGGAGGAUUGGGUGCCACCAACUAGCCCAGUCCCUGGCCCUGCCCAAGAGGAGGGCUUCUGGCGUGUGUUCGGGGAAGCCCUUGAAGACCUGCAGUCAUGUGGUCAGUCAGAACUGCUGAGGGAGCUGGAGGCGUCCAUCAUGACGGGAACCGUGCAGAGCGUGGCCCUUGAGGGCAGGCCUGGCCACCAACCCUGGAGGAGGAGCCGGGAGGUGCGAGCUUCCCCUGAGGAGGUGCGGGAGCUGCUGCCGCCGACACCCUUGGAGAUGCACAAGGUGACCCUGCACAAGGACCGCCUGCGGAAUGACUUUGGUUUCAGCAUCUCAGAUGGCCUCCUGGAGAAGGGCAUCUAUGUCCACACAGUGCGCCCUGAUGGGCCAGCCCAACGUGGAGGCCUCCGGCCCUUUGACAGGGUCCUUCAGGUCAACCACGUUCGCACACGGGACUUCGACUGCUGCCUGGCGGUGCCACUCCUGGCUGAGGCGGGUGAUGUCCUGGAGCUGGUUGUCAGCCGCAACCCACUGGCACAGAGCAGCCGGACCCCACGAGCACCAGGCCCCGGCAGCCCCCAGAUGCUCUGA